AUGUCUCCUGUGAAAAUUCCAGAGCCUCCACAGUAUCCGAGUUAUGCCCCGCCCAUAACGACGAGACCACUUCCGGUGGUGCCGAACUUGGGGAUUAAAAUGGAGAUCGAUCCGACAUUUUUAUCGAGUGCGGGUAAUACGGUGAUGUGGACAUACCCGGGUGAGCGUCACCUGACCGGGAUAGAAUAUCAUAACGGCUACUUCAGGGUCAAUGUGACCGGAUUCUACUUUAUCCAAUCAACAUUGAGCCUCGACCAUCGUCCAAACAACGACGAGGACGGCAACAGCCACAUCCGGCUGAACCACUGCAUCAAAGUUGAUGGACGGCCCAAGAUGGACGUCUGUGAAAACAUAGAACUAACCCCAAUCAAAGCGGGGGCAAGUACCGUCCAAGAUCCUAUGAUGUACCUUGAGAGCGGAAGUAGUGUGCACGUGUCAAUUAGUCACAUGACCAAAAUAUACGAUAGCGUGUCAGAGAAUAGAUUUGUUAUGUUCUUACAAAGAACUGUAUGAAUGGUAUUUAUUUAUGUAAGGGUAUGUGUUGGUGGGUGAAUGUGUACGUGUGGUCCAUUUACAUUGUUCAUAUGGGUAAAUGAGCUUCCGGAAUAUAUGUAGUUAACUUCCGGGGGGUUCGUUUCGUACAGAAUGCAUCAUCUUCAUAAAUCAACAUGGAAUUUGACAUGUGAUUUCAUCUUUUUCAAAAUAUGUAUAGCUAUGUCUGUAUUAACAGUUCAUCAACAGCAAGUUUGCGAUAACUGUUAUACACGAGAGCAAAAGAACAGACGAACGACAGAUUGAACUUUGAGAUUAACAUAUGCUUUCAAUCAAAUUUCAGAAAGAGCGUGUAACGGUUCUUAUCAGAUAGCAUAAUAUCCUGGUACUCCACGAAUGAAGUGAAAAUAUGGGUAUAUCGUUCAUCUGUUGGCAAGCUCUCGCUUCUCAAUAAUAUAAUAUAUGACAUUCUUAUUCACGUGAGCUCUUUGAAAUCAUGUACAUAUGUUUAUGGAGUCAAUGUAUGUUCUGGAAACCGCAAAACUGAAAAAAAAUCAUUAUAGGAUGUAGAGGAGUGACGACCAUAGUGGAAGUACUGUGUGUAGCGCAUGCGUGGUGUGUAAACGAGAGAACAUGUGUUGUUUUGCGGUUUGACAAUCAUAAUCAACCGGGGCAUCCAACGGUGCCACAAGUUCUUUUGAGUUGUUGUAGAUUAGUUUUUCAUUUUCGGAGUAUAAAAUCAAAACUUUUUCUAAUUAGACAUGAUAUUUAUAUACACCUUUCCAGUCAGGAAGGAGUUUUCAGAUUGGCAUUUUCAACGUCUUAUGUCUAUUCCAUCAGCAUCUACUGAAUCAGAUUUCCUGUACGAGAUGUUCGUGAUGAUAGUUUAGCUGGUGUGAUUUGAAUAAAAUGAUUUGUAAGAAUCCGAUAUUGCAUGGAAAGUAUUGUAUAGCUGAUGCUGCAAUGUAUUUUACCCAGAAUAGAUAUAUAUUUUUCUACAACAUACCCGCGAGUAUUAUAUAUUUUGUAAAUAUACAUAGUAUUUAAAUUUUGUGAAUAACUGGCACACAACCCUUAUUACAAAAUGGCGAUAAAAGCAAGAUGGAAAACAGCUAGGAAAACAUCUCAAAUUUGAUAAAAAAUUGGAGAAGACGUAAAAAUAUUUUCACCAGUUAUCUCCCCUGGCUGUUGUCCACGUGACUCAGUUCAAUGACUGUUUUGCCUGCAAACGACAUCGUGAGUGUUUAAUUAAAACUGAACAUCAAUUUUUUUCAUUGGUCGGUGUCUAAUUGCGCAAAUAAAAUAUGUUGGGCUUCCAUUGCGAAUGUUGUCCUCGAGAUGGUCACUCAUUUCGUUCCGCCAUUUUGUAUGGGGUUUUCCGAUCCAGUUGUUUGCAAUAGGAUUAGUUACGUUAACUUGUUGUUGUGAUAUUAACAAGGGUUGUUACGUUUUGGAGAAAAUGUUUUCAUUGAAUUCAUGUUUGAUGUAAAAUGUUUACUGUGAUACUAAAAUAAAAAAAACAAUGGAAAUGAA